GGCUGCCCUUAAAGGAGCAGGGCGGCAGCGCAGGCCACUUCCUGGGGGCGGAGAGGCUGAGGCAGCAGCUGAGGCACUGGUCAGCUCCAUCCGAGACUCGCGGCCGCUUCCAUCCAGUCCUCGCACAGUCGCAGCGGGAUUUAGCGCAUCCUCGCCCGCAGCCAGCCGAGGCACCGCCGCGGUCAGCUCCGGGAGCCCCGCCUCCACCUCCUGGGACCCGCGCUGGAGCCGGGCCACGGCCAGGCCCCCGACUGGCCCCCAGGACCCCGGUGGGUCUGCCCACGGCGACGGCGAUCCCCCGAGGACUCGGGAGCCGGACCCUCCCGAGGCGGCCUGGUGCGCGCCGUCACCUGCGGGCUGAACUCCGGAAGCCACUGUCUGCAGCCCACGGAGCGGAACCGCUGGCCGCCCACAUUGGAUGCGUCUGGACCGAACUUGCCUUCCUCUUGGGCUUCCCUGUGCUCCUUCCAUCCGCUCUCUAAGCCUCUGGGCGCCCCUGUGCCCGGAAGCCACCCCCUACCACCGAGGUAGCGGGGGUGAACCCCCCGAAUCUUGCUGCCUUAGGCUCCAACCAGUGCCUCCCACUGAGGCCGAACCUUCCGACCCAAGUCUGCACACCCCCAGGAGGUCCUGCCUUUUUCUCCUUUGGUGUCUCCAGCACUCCCCAAAAUUUCCCCUCCUCCUGUGCCCUCUUCACCCCCUUCCUUCGGGGGCCCCGUGACCCUGAAUGUGGGGGGCACGCUCUAUUCCACCACUUUGGAGACCCUGACCCGCUUCCCAGACUCCAUGCUGGGGGCCAUGUUCAGGGCCGACACCCCCUUCCCCCCCAACCUCUGCUCCCAGGGAGGCGGCCACUACUACUUCAUUGACCGCGAUGGCAAGGCCUUCCGGCACAUCCUCAAUUUCCUGCGGCUGGGCCGCCUGGACCUGCCCCUGGGCUACGGGGAGACGGCGCUGCUCAAGGCCGAGGCCGACUUCUACCAGAUCCAGCCCCUCCUGGACGCCCUGCGGGAGCUGGAGGCCUCCCAGGGCAGCCCCGCGCCCUCGGCCGCCCUGCUGCACGCGGACGUGGAGGCCAGCCCCCGCCUGGUGCACUUCUCCGCCCGCCGCGGCCCGCACCACUACGAGCUCAGCUCCGCCCGCGUGGACACCUUCCGCGCCAACCUCUUCUGCACCGACCCCGAGUGCCUGGGCGCCCUGCGGGCCCGGUUCGGCGUGGCCGCCGAGGAGAGGGCAGAGGGGGGGCCCCACUUUCGCCUGGAGUGGGCCCCCCGCCCCACAGAACUCCCCGAAGCGGAGUACGGGAAGCUGGGGCUGCAGCCCCUGUGGACCCGGCGGCCGGGGCAGCGGCGGGAGGUGGUGGGCACCCCGGGCUUCCUGGAGGAGGUGCUCCAGGUGGCCCUGGAGCACGGCUUCCGGCUAGACUCCGUCUUCCCUGACCCCGAAGACCUGCUCAACUCCAGAUCGCUGCGCUUUGUCCGCCACUGAGAACUCAGAACUGGGAGGACCGCCCUGGGUUUGACUGUGGGACAGGAUUGGGGCGGUGUGUGUGUGUGGGGGAAAGGGACAGCAAAGGGGAUGAAGGCUCCCCUGCAGACCCUUCCUGGCUCUGCUCUGGGGCCGAGUCAGAGGUCCUAUUGCACCUGACUGGAGCCCACAUGUGGGCAGGACUCUCCAGCCCAAGCCCACUGCGGGCUCACAGGCGGUAUGGAGGGGCCGGACUGGUGCUGAUCCUGGGAGGGUGGCGGCUGCCCUGGCUCAUUCUCACUGAGCCUGUGGGCCUCCAGGUUCAUUGGUUGGAGCUCAGUAUGCAGGGGUCUGGAAAAGUGGGGGGGGGGGGGGGGCACUUCUCUGAACAAUGCAGGGACACAGGCCUAGAAGGAAGGGGGAUUU